UCUGAUUUGAUGAUACCACUAUACCGGAAGGCAGGUCUUUCUCACUUCUCUACGUGAAUGUCUAGAUUAUAUAAAGUCAGGUAACGAUUGUGUUGUUGGUCCGUUGCAUUCUACAGAGCUUCCUUCCAUCCAUACAACAAUAACAUCAACUCAACGGCAACAACCAUGAGCACUAUCCACACUGUCGCUAAGCUGAUUGGCUUGACAUCUGCUGCUUGGUUAUCUGGCAACAUCUCAGCACUUUCCUUAAUAUCUGUUCCUGCUGUUGCCACUGUCAAAGCAGAGUCUAAACUCUCCAAUGGUCUAGCCGUCAGGAUUUGGGAGCAGAACUACGAACUCGGAAAAUCGCAAAACCCUCUCAUCGCACUCACAUCAGCGACCUCUCUUGGCUUUUUGGCAUGGUCGCUUCGCGGGCUUCGCUCAGUGAGCGUGGUUGGUCUGAGACCUACUCCCUUGUUUGCAAUUGCGGCGCUUUCGACUUUUGGCUUGAUGCCGUUCACUGUUGCCUUUAUGAUGGCGACGAAUAAUAAGCUGUUGAAAUAUGCUGAGAAGGCGAAGAAGGACGAUCUUGCGGUGACCGAAACUGAAGACGUGGAUGGAUUGCUAAAGCGAUGGACAUUCCUCAACGGUAUCAGGGGUCUGUUCCCUCUUGCUGGAGCGGUGGCCGCUGGCAUUGCUAUCGUUGCUUGACCUGGGAUCUGAGUACAACCCGAAAAUGACGACAUCUGAUCUCGGGUUUUGAUUAAAAGCCUUGGAUGUAUUUACAUAAGAACAGCAUACCUUUAUAUUCUACCUUUCUGCUU